UUGAGCAUACUUGAGAUCUUUCAGAUAUAUAAUAGAUAUGGAGAUCUCUUUGGGGGUAUGGGUGGCCUUGGUUCUGGGAGGUUUGCCAUUUUGGGGGUUGUUGUUGUGGUGGUGGAAUGAGUUCUGGUAUGUGCUUCCUCUUAAGUUGCGCGGGUCUUCGACUGGCGCCAAAUUGCCUCCAGGUCACCUGGGUUUUCCAUUUAUUGGUGAAAUGCUCAGUUUCUUGUGGUAUUUCAAAAUUGUUUGCCAUCCUGAUGAGUUUAUCAAUGCCAAGAGAGCAAAGUACGGUGAUGGAGUAGGAAUGUACAGAACACACAUGUUCGGAAAGCCAUCCAUCAUAACCUGCUUACCGGAGAUCAACAAAUUAGUAUUCCAAUCAGAGGAGAACUUUCCCCUAAAUUGGCCUAAUGUUGAUAUUGUAGGUUCUAGUUCUUUGGUAGCAGUUCAUGGAAGCUCCCAUGCAAGGCUUAGAAGCUACGUCGUGAAUGUCAUUAACAAACCUGAUGCUCUGCGCCGCAUUGCCGGACUAGUUCAGCCACGAAUAGUGGCUGCAUUGGAGUCAUGGGCACUCAAAGGUAGAAUAAAAGCAUAUGAUGAAUCUAAGAAGGUAACAUUUGAAAAUAUUGGAAAAUUAUUCGUAAGUUUGGAGCCGGGGCCUCUCCUAGAUACCAUUGAUAAAUUGUUUGAGGGAGUGGUCAAAGGAAUUAGAGCUCAACCAUUCAAUGUUCCUGGAUCUGCUUAUCACCAUGCUCUUCAGUGCAGGAGGAAGCUUGAGGCGAUUUUCAGGGUGGAGCUAGAGAAGAAAAAAUUCCGAAAAGAAGCAGUGACGACUGAUCUGAUGGAUGGGCUUAUGCAAAUCACGGAUGAUGAGGGUGAUAAAUUAAGUGACAAAGAGGUUAUAGAUAACAUUGUGAGCCUUGUUAUUGCUGGAUAUGCAUCCACUGCCCUUUCAGCAAUGUGGGCUAUCUUCUAUCUUGCCAAAUACCCCAAUGUUUUUAAAAAGCUUCGGGAGGAGAAUAUGAUUGUAAGUCAGAACAAGAACGGGGAAUUCAUUACAAGUGACGAUGUUUCGAAAAUGAAAUACACGAACAAGGUGGUAGAAGAAAUUAUAAGACUGGCAAACAUUGCAGCGUUUGUUUUCCGGUCAGUUACCAAGGAAAUCGAGUAUAAAGGCUACAUAAUACCAAAGAAUUGGAAUAUGCUUGUUUGGGUUCGUUAUCUCCAUACAAAUUCAGAGCACUUUGAUGAUCCUAUGUGCUUUAAACCAGAUAGAUGGAAUAAUCCGGCUAAACCUGGAACAUACCAAGUUUUCGGAGGUGGAUCAAGAAUAUGUGCAGGAAAUAUGCUUGUUAGACUACAACUCGCAAUUCUCUUACAUCAUUUGUCUGUUGGAUACAAGUGGAAAUUACUCAAUCCCAAUGCCUCUAUGAAUUAUCUGCCACAUCCAAGACCGGUUGAUAAUGUCGAGGUCACAUUCAGCAAAAUUUAGAAAUUAGAAUUGAUCUCCUCCUCCUCAGCUAGUUAUUAAGUGUGUUCAUAACAAGUCAUUAGUUAUUACAGUGCCAAUAUAUCUGGAACUUUCUUUUUCUUUAAAUAAAUAGAUCGAGGAAUAGCCUGCAGCACUCCCGACUGAAGCAUCCUGCCUCAUCUCCUAUUGAAUAUUUGGAACUAACAUGGUAUUCCUUCAAAAUUAUAUAUAGUGAUUUCAUAAAGUUAUAUAUGUACUUCGUUUAAUUUUUGUUUUCUUUGUCAAUAACUAAUUAUAUGGAUAUUUGAAUGGGGUGUGGACGGCUCUUGUUUGGAGAGGUUGGCCAUUUCUGGGCCUUGCGAUCUAGCUAGAUCCUCUAGCUGACAAAAGAGAUAUUGUUUUACUCAAUUAAGAAUGACGGUGGCUGCGAAUAAACUAUCAUAUCUUAAGUCUUAAUCAACAAAAUAAAACUAAACACACUUGAUCAAGUGUUAUUGUUUUUAAUCAUUCAAAUCUAAUUAUAUUUAUAUGAAUUGCUAUAAUAAGACAUCCUGCAACUCCAACCUGGACACAUAUGAACACCACUAUAGAAAGAAAAGACACGUACCCCAACAAACAGAAGGGAAUGAAGCAAGAAAGCAUAAUGCCACGGAUGAUCUAUGACUAUCAGGGCAAAAGGCUGAAAGAGUCAUUAAGUAAUGAGAAGCAUCUUUUAUAUCUCAUUAUCUAAUUGAUUGAAGUACUGACCUAUCUUCAUGCUAAUCACUCAAAGCAGUUUUCUAUUCGUGUGGCCUUUGUUUUCUUUGUCUUCUUGCUCAUUCCAGUAUGAAGAAUAAUCAACUAGGAAUCUACAACAGCGCUCAUGCACGGGUUUUCAUAUAUAGCUAGCAUAAAUGGAGACUUCAUUGGGGUUAUGGGUGGCUUUGGUUGUAGGAGGUUAGCCACUUUUGGGGUUGCUAUUAUGGUGGUGGAAUGAGUUUUGGUAUGUGCUUCCUCUUAAAUUGCGCGGGUCGUCAACCGGCGCCAAAUUGCCUCCGGGUCAUUUGGGGUUUCCAUUUCUUGGUGAAAUGCUCACUUUUUUGUGGGUUUUUUUUUGUUUUUUUUUUUUGUGGUAUUUCAAAAUACUUCAACGCCCCGACGAGUUCAUCAAUGCCAAGCGAGCUAAGUAUGGAUGCUUAAUUUCCAUUUUUUUGGCCUCAAUUUUGUACUAAUUAUAAUUCAAUAUGUGGUUCUAUAAUUACUAUAAGUUUAGUCUUGAAAACGACAUUUUUAGUAGACUCUCUAUCUUAGCUCCUUAUAUAUUUUGAAGAGCAUGUUUAUCAAUUAAAAUAGUUAAAAGAAAUCUGUUAGAUAUUUUGAUAUUUCGUCAAUUGAAAACAUCAUUUCUUAACGGUAAGGUUAAUUAAGAAACAUAACAACUUGA